AUACAGCAAAAAGAAAUUUAAUAACUAUAAAUGUAUGAUAAGUUCUUUUUAAAUUUUUAUGCGUUACACAUAUGUACAAUUUUAAAUGCAGCCUGUACUGCAGUUAAUAUACUUUAAUUCGUCUAUUGUGCACACAUUUAUUGAAACUGAAUCAGCAAUAAAAAUACCUCUAGUGGAAAUAUUAUUGUCUGAUUUUGACAAAUAUGUUACGAUUGCAACAUUCUUUGCUUAUAUUCUCUUUGGUGAUCUACCUGGUAAAUGGCCGUACAAAACAUGAUAAAGCGGGAAAAUCAAGUGAGAAUUCAUCAUUAAUACCAAAGACAGUGAUAAAAUACGUAGAGGAAAUUGAACGUCGUGGAAUGAAAACUAAAGGUUUGUACAAACUAACUGGCGAUGAAGAUGAAGUAAGGGGACUGAUAAGCGUUGUAGAAAAAGACAAAGCUGCAGAUAUAUCGGAUUAUAACAUUGAAGCAAUUACCACGGCGCUCAAAAAAUUUUUGAGAAAACAUUUUCAUGGAGAACUUGUGGAUGAAGUAAAGGCAGGUCGAUUGGUAAAUGCUCUGCUAACGGAAACACAAGAAGACAUGGAAAAUGAAAUGAAAAAAAUAAUUUCUAAAAUUCGUCGAAAAAAUCGAGAGACUCUCGCUUAUAUGAUUAGACAUUUGCAAAAAGUUUUGAAUGGAGGAGGUACUGUAAUGAGUGCUUUGGACAUUGCUAAGGAACUUUCGCCAGUUUUGAUACGUGAAUUACCUCCCAGUAUAAAUAUAAUGGAACAAUUUGUACAAGAAAAAGAGAUAAAACAUUUUUUUAAGCAGACAACUCAGAUUGUCAGGAAUCUUUUACUUAUUUCAACUGAUUUUUGGGAGGAUUUAAUACCUAAUUUAACUAGUGAUGAAUCCGUUGUCUCGAAUUCAGAGGAAGAAGGUGAAGGCGAAGAAAACAAAGAAGCUGAAGAAGGAGAAGCUGAAGUUUCAGAGGAAAAAAAUAACUAAUAUUUGAAAUGAAAGUGUCCCUUGAACAAUCUCUCAGAAUUCCGAAAGUAAAUCGCGUCAGAAUUCUUACAAGUGUAAUUGAAAAUUCAAAUGAAAUCUAAAUCUAAUCUCCAUCAUAAUUCUGACGGAAAAUAUUCUUGAAAUUCCGAGAGAGAAUCUUCAGGGUAUAGAGUAUAGUGGAUACAAUAUUUUCUAUUUAGAUAGAAAAUAAUUGUUAAAAAUAUCAAUGAAAUAAUUUUGCUUCAAUAAAUAAGUAAUUUAUAUUUUUAAA